GGUGCCGGCCCCCACGCGCGGGGCAGCGGGGCGCGGCGGGGAGGUUGCCCCCACCCGCGGACGCCGGGUGGGCUCGUCCAGCGGGGAUGUCCGUCGCCGCGGGGGUACCCCCCCCCCGCCCCGGCAUGGCACCGCCGCGGGGCCGCGGCACCCCGGUCCCCCCACGGGACCCCCGGGCAUCCGGCACCGAAAGCGGGGACCCCGGGGACCCCGUCCUGCCCCUGGCACCCCGGCCGUGCCCGGGGGACCCUGACGGUGCCUGUCCCCGCUUUUGGCACCCCGGCUGUGCCCGCGGCACCCCGGCCGUGACCGUGGCGCCCUGGCCAUGGCCUGUGGCACCCUGGCCGUGCUUUUGUCCCCAGGGCCGUGACCGUGGCACCCCGGCUGUGACCAUGGCACAUCGGCUGUCCUCGUGGCACCCCGGCCAUGCCCGUGGCACUCCGGCCAUGCCCGUGACACCCCGGCCGUGCCCAUGGCACAUCGGCUGUCCUCGUGGCACCCCGACCAUGCCUGUGGCACUCCGGCCGUGCCCGUGACACCCUGGCCGUGCCCGUGACACCCUGGCCGUGCCCGUGGCACCCCAGCUAUGCCCACGGCAGCCUGGCCGUGACCACGACACCCCAACUGUGCCUGUGGCACCCCGGCUGUGCCCAUGGCAGCCUGGCCAUGCCUGUCGCACCCCAGCUGUGCCCGUGGCACCCCGACUGUGCCCGUGGCACACUGGCCAUGACCAUGGCACCCCGACUGUGCCCAUGGCACCCUGGCCAUGCCCGUGGCACCCUGACCGUGCCUGUGGCACCCCAGCUGCACCCGUGGCAGCCUGACCAUGCCUGCGACACGCUGCCCGUGUGCAUGGCACACCAGCUGUCCCCGUGGCACCCUGACCGUGCCCGUGGCACCGUGGCCGUGCCCGUGGCACCCUGACCGUGCCUGUGGCACCCCAGCUGCACCCGUGGCACCCUGACCAUGCCUGCGACACGCUGCCCGUGUGCAUGGCACACCAGCUGUCCCCGUGGCACCUCAACCGUGCCCGUGGCCCCCCGACCGUGCCUGUGGCACCCCAGCCAUGCCCGUGGCACCGGCAGGCCCCUGCCUGCAGCCCCCCCACCCGCCACGGGCAGCCUUGCCGGGGCGUCCCCCAUUCCCACGCCUGCGGGGGACCCGUUCCCGGCCCCCCACCCUCCCGGAAAUCCUUCCCCAGCCGGCGCAGGGCCCCCCCCGGACCCCCCCCCCCGGCUUCCUGCUUCCCGCAGAGCAGGGCAGAACAAUUCCCGGCCGCCCGCUCGCCCGGUCGCAUCCUGCCCGGCUUGAGGGGGGGGGGAACGACAGCGGGGGGCACCCGCCCCAGGACACCGAGGGGUCCCAGGGCAGGACGCGGGUGAGGUGGUGGCCGCCCGGGUGGGGUGGGAAGCGGAAGGGCCCGUUUCCUUCUCCGUGGAUCCCCCCCGGUGACUCGUCACGGCCGGAGGAGGGACCGUGGCGAGGCGGGGGGGGGCAGCAAAUCAGGGACCCGCGAGUGUCCCCCCCCAGCUCCGCUGCGUGGGGUGCCCUCGGCCUCGUGACGCGCGGCCCUCAAUGCCCGCCUUGUCCCCGCGCCGCCCGCGUGAUGCCGUCUCCGCUGGCGUCGAUGCCCCGUAACCCUAACGGGGGCCGGGCGUGUCCCUCCCCCCCCACCCCACCAGGCCGUGCGUCCCCCCCCCUCCCCGGCGCCAUGGCCCCCCACCGGCUGCUGGCCCUCGCCUCGCUGCUGGCCCUCGCCACCGCUGCCGCCACCCCGGGGUCCUCGUGGAGCGCCGUGCCCCGAAAAACCGUCCCCUACGCGGAGCUGAAGGACGUGGCCAAGCGCUUCUCGCAGGGGGGGGUCUCGCACUACCUGACGCUGACGCUGGACGAGGCCGAGGCGCUGCUCUACGUGGGCGCCCGCGAGGCCGUCUUUGCCCUGGCCACCGGCACCGUGGAGCUCAAGGCGGCGAUCUCCUGGGAAGCCCCCGUGGACAAGAAAGCCGAGUGCAUCCAGAAGGGCAAGAAUAACCAGACCGAUUGCUUCAACUACGUGCGCUUCCUGCAGAGCUACAACAGCUCUCACCUCUACGCCUGCGGCACCUAUGCCUUCCAGCCCAAGUGCACCUACAUCGAACUGUCUGGCUUCACCCUGGACCAAGUGGCUUUUGAGGAUGGCAAGGGGAAGUGUCCGUACGACCCCACCAAGGGACACACUGGCCUCAUCGUGGAUGGGGAGCUGUACUCGGCCACAUUCAACAACUUUCUGGGCACGGAGCCUGUCAUCCUCCGCAACCUGGGCCCCCACUACUCCAUGAAGACGGAGUAUCUCACCUCCUGGCUGAACGAGCCCCACUUCGUGGCUUCGGCUUACGUGCAGGAGAGCGCGGCCAGCAGCACCGGGGAUGACGACAAGGUUUACUUCUUCUUCAGCGAGCGGGCGGUGGAGUACGACUGCUACGCGGAGCAGGUGGUGGCCCGCGUGGCGCGGGUCUGCAAGGGAGACGUCGGUGGUGCCCGCACGUUGCAGAAGAAGUGGACGACCUUCCUGAAGGCUCGCUUGGUGUGCUCAGCGCCCGAGCAGCAGCUCCACUUCAACCGCCUCCAGGCUGUCUUCACCCUGCCGGGGGCCGAUUGGCAGGACACCACCUUUUUCGGGGUCUUCCAGGCCCGCUGGGGGGACGUAGAUGUCUCGGCUAUUUGCCAGUACCACAUCCUGGAGGUGAAGAAGGCGUUCGAGGGGCCCUACAAGGAAUACCGGGAGCAGGCGCAGAAGUGGGGCCGGUACUCGGAUGAGGUGCCGAGCCCCCGUCCCGGCGCGUGCAUCACCGACUGGCACCGCCGGAACGGCUUCGCCAGCUCCCUCGAGCUGCCUGACAACACCCUCAACUUCGCCAAGAAGCACCCGCUGAUGGAUGAGCCCAUCCUGCCCCACCGUGGGCGCCCGCUUCUCCUCAAGAAAGACGCCAACUUCACCCAGCUGGUGGUAGACCGAGUGCCCGGGCUGGACGGCACCGUCUACGAGGUGCUCUUCAUCGGCACAGGUGACGGCUGGGUGCACAAGGCGCUGAACCUGGGCGCUCGCGUCCAUCUGGUCGAGGAGCUGCAGGUUUUCGAGCCGGCGCAGCCCGUGGAGAGCCUGGUCCUGGCCGGUCGGAAGAAGCUGCUCUUCGCCGGCUCCCGUUUCCAGGUGGCCCAGUUGCCCCUGGCCGACUGCGGCCGCUACCAGUCGUGCACGGACUGCGUCCUCGCCCGGGAUCCCUACUGCGCCUGGAGCCGCAACGCCAGCCUCUGCGUCCGCACCGACGGCCUCAACGGGUCCCAGCUGGUCCAGGACGUGCUGAGCUCCGACACCCGUGCCUGUACCCUGCCGCAGGUGGCCAAGCAAGGGCCCAUCACCCCCAAAAACGUGACGGUGGUGGCGGGCACCGACCUGGUGCUGACGUGCCGUUUGGGCUCCAACCUGGCGCAGGCGCUGUGGACCUUCGAGGGCCGGGCGCUGGCGGCCGAGCAGGCGCUGGUGCUGCACGACGCCCGCCUGCGGGCUCUGGUGGUGCCGGGAGCCGGAGCGCAGCACAGCGGCACGUACCGUUGCUUUUCGGAGGAACAGGGCGCCCGUUUGGGCGGCGAGGUGUACCAAGUGGCGGUGUUGGCCGGCCCCGGGGUGCCGCUGGAGACGCGGGCGCCGCUGGAGAGCCUGGGGCUGGUGUGGGUGGUGGCGGUGUGCCUGGGCGCCCUGUGCCUGGUGCUGGUGCUGGUGGUGCUCUCGCUUUGGCGGCGGUUGCGGGAGGAGCUGGGCAAAGGCGCCAAAGCCAUCGAGAGCACCCUGGUGUACCCCAUCGAGCUGCCCAAGGAGCCCCCCAGUCCCCGCUUCGUGCCCAGCGCCGCCUCCGACUCGGACGAGAAGCUCUGGGACCCGGCCAGCUACUACUACUCGGACGGCUCGCUCAAAAUCGUGCCGGGUCACGCCACCUGCCGCAACGGCGGCCCCCCCGGCGCCGCCUCGCCGCCCAACGCCAUUCCCGGGCAGCCCCUCCACUCGCCCACCCGCAUCCACCUGGGUCCCCUGCGUGGUUCCUCCUCCAACGGCUACAUUCGCCUGGCGCUGGGUGCCGAAGAGCGGCCGCCCUGCGCCGAUUUGGCCGAGGAGCUGCGGCGCAAGCUGCAGCAGCGCCAGCCCCUGCCCGACUCCAACCCCGAAGAGUCGUCGGUCUGAGCCGCCGGUGGGGCGGCUUCCCCGCCGCCGAGCAGCCGUACCUACCUCAGGGCCCGGCCCGGCACCCGCCGCGGGGACCCCGGUGCCGGCACCCACCGCGGGGGCCGCCGCC